GCGGACGCCCCCAGGAUCUAACGAUGUGGACAGAGGUCGGAAAGCUUGUGCUAUUACAUAUGUUACUCCUGGAGCUCCACUGCGCUAAAGGAACUCACACGCAGUCGAAGUGUGAGACCGGGCAGUUUCAGUGCAAGAGCGGAGCGUGCAUCCCGACCUUGUGGAGAUGUGAUGGAGAUGAUGAUUGCUCAGACAGCAGCGAUGAGGAGAACUGUCCAAAGAAGACGUGCGCAGCCACAGAUUUCACCUGUAAGAAUGGACAGUGUCUUCCUGCUAGGUGGCGCUGUGAUGGAGAAGUAGAAUGCGCAGACGGUUCAGACGAGGCUGAUUCAAUCUGCAGCCGGCAGACUUGUCCACCGGAGAAGUUUGAUUGUGGAGGGGCUGCCAGCAAAUGUGUUUCACUGUCGUGGCGGUGCGAUGGAGAGAGGGACUGUGAGAACGGCGCAGAUGAGGAGCAGUGUGCUGCAGAUGCCAAGGCCUGCCCCUCCAAAGACUUUGCAUGUCGUAACGGCAAAUGUGUGGCACCGAUCUUUGUGUGUGAUGGAGAUGACGACUGUGGGGACGCCAGCGAUGAGGAGAAAUGCUCGGCUCCCACCUGCGGCCAGCAUGAAUUCCGCUGCAAUGACUCGGAGUGUAUCCCUGCCCUGUGGAGCUGUGACGGUGACCCAGACUGUAAGGACAAGUCAGAUGAGUCCAUGGAGCGCUGCAGCCGGAGGACGGAGCCUCAGAAACCUCGCUGCCCAGUGGGCGAGUUCCAGUGCGGGAGCGGAGAGUGUGUCCAUUUGAACUGGAAGUGUGAUGGCGACGCAGAUUGCAAGGAUAAAUCAGAUGAAGCAAACUGUCCACUGCUCACGUGCAGACCUGAUGAGUUCCAGUGUGGCGAUGGCUCCUGUAUUCACGGCACCAAACAGUGUAACAAAGUUCAUGACUGUCCAGACUACAGUGAUGAAGCUGGCUGUGUCAACGUUACCAAAUGCGACGGGCCAAGAAAGUUCCGCUGUAAGAACGGGGAGUGUAUCGACAGCAGCAAGGUGUGCGAUAAUGUGAAAGACUGCAAAGACUGGUCUGAUGAACCUAUGAAGGAGUGCGGCCUGAAUGAGUGCGCAGACAACAAUGGUGGCUGCUCCCACAUCUGCAAGGACCAGAGAAUUGGUUAUGAGUGUGACUGCCCCCCUGGCUACAAACUCCUGGACAAAAAGACUUGUGGAGACAUAGACGAAUGUGAGAACCCAGACGCCUGCAGUCAGAUCUGCAUCAACUACAAAGGAGAUUACAAGUGUGAGUGCUAUGAAGGUUAUGAGAUGGACCCUGCCUCGAAGACCUGCAAAGCCGUAGGAAAGAGUCCAUACCUGCUGUUUACUAACCGUCAUGAAAUCCGUCGCAUUCACCUGCUGAAGAGUGAAUAUACACAAGUGGUUCCUACACUGAAGAAUGCUGUGGCCCUGGAUGUGGACGUGUCAACCAACAAGAUGUUCUGGUGUGAUCUCUAUCACCGGAAAAUAUACAGUGCUUACAUCAACAAGGCCAGUGACUCAUCACAGCAGGUGACGCUCAUCGAUUCGCUCCACUCCCCGGAGGGCCUGGCUGUCGACUGGGUCCACAAGAACAUCUACUGGACUGACUCGGGCAACAAGAGCAUAUCUGUCGCCACAGGAGAUGGCAGGAAGAGAAAACUGCUCAUAACCACUGAGCUCAGCGAGCCGCGAGCCAUCGCAGUGGAUCCGCACCAAGGGUUUAUGUACUGGUCAGACUGGGGAGGUCAGGCCAAAAUUGAGAAGGCUGGGAUGAAUGGAGUGGACAGGCAAAUUCUGGUGUCUGAACACAUUGAGUGGCCCAAUGGAAUAACUCUAGAUUUGUCCAACAGGCGACUUUACUGGGUGGACUCCAAGCUGCACCUGCUGUCCAGUGUGGACUUCAAUGGUGACAACCGUAAAGUGCUGCUGUCCUCGCAUCGCCAUCUAGGCCACCCCUUCGCCCUCACUGUCUUUGAGGAUCGCAUAUAUUGGACAGACUUGGAAGACGAAGCGAUAUACAGCGCCAACCGACUGACGGGACAUGAUGUGUCCAAGGUCGCGGAGGACCUCAACAACCCCCUGGACCUGGUGGUGUUUCACGAACAGAGGCAGCCCAAGGCUCCUGAUACCUGUAAUAUGGGCACACUGCCAAAUGGUGGCUGUGAGUACCUCUGCCUGAAGGCCCCUCAGAUCACAGACCACUCCCCCAAGUAUACCUGCGCCUGUCCUGACGGCAUGGAGCUAGGACCAGACAUGAGACGCUGCGCUAUGAUUCGACCCCGGACCACCACUACAGCUGCCCCCACCACAACCACAACCACAACAACCACCACCACAACAAGCACCUCAGCAACUACCACAAGUGUUGCCACGACCACGACUCCCACUCCCACUCCCACUACCACGAGGACCACCAGCACCACCUCUUCUACUACCACACUACCACCCAUAACCAAGACUACAACGCCACCCCCUCCUCAGACCACCAGAAACAGCAGAAGUACGCAGCCCCCUCGGACCCCUGCUGCUACGAGUACAGAGACGACCAGUUUCAGCAGCACUAGUCAGAAGUCCACAUCCACACACACACCCUUACUGGCCGCAGUGGCUCCUAACAGCAUUCAGAGAGAGAGCAAUGCCAACCUCUCCCACAGAGCUGCAAGUGAUCACUACCUCAUAGGUAACAACAUCACAGUAGCUGUUCUGGGGAUAGUCAUUCCUAUCGUCCCUAUCCUUGCCACAGUGGUCAUUGGAUUACUCUGCACCGGCGGGUACCUGGUUUGGCGCAACUGGCGACGCAAGAACACCAAGAGCAUGAACUUCGACAACCCAGUGUACCGCAAAACCACAGAGGACGACGACGACGAAAUCCACAUCGGGCGUCACAGCGAGUCCAUCGGUCACGUCUACCCAGCAGUGAGUGGCAGCCACAGUCAGCCAUUCAUAGCACUUCCUCUGGGGGGUGGCGUCACAGACAACAACUCUCAUUGGUACUCGGGGGCGCCGAUGCUCUCGAGCAGUAAAUGAGUGGUGCUGCAGAAGAAAGGAAGGAGUGUGAAAUGCUUGGGAAAUGGGAGUUGGCGCAAGGGUCUGGAAAAGCCCAUUUGUUGUACAUGUCGGCCUGGUGGAAAGAAAGAACAGGCUU